AUGCGUCCUGAAGUCGAGCAAGAGCUGGCUCACACCUUGCUGGUGGAGCUGCUCGCCUACCAAUUCGCCUCUCCCGUCAGAUGGAUCGAGACACAAGAUGUGAUCCUCGCCGAGCAGCGCACCGAGCGCAUUGUCGAAAUCGGUCCCGCAGAUACCCUGGGUGGAAUGGCACGGAGAACUCUAGCGUCCAAGUAUGAAGCCUACGAUGCAGCCACCUCGGUGCAACGCCAGAUUCUCUGCUACAACAAAGACGCCAAGGAGAUCUACUACGAUGUCGACCCGAUUGAAGAGGAGCCCGAAGCUCCUGCAGCACAGCCGGCCGGUACCCCGGCCUCAGCCGCAGCGCCCGCUGCAGGUGCUCCUGCAGCUGUCGCACCUCCUCCUAGUGCCGGGCCCGCUGCGGCUGUGGAAGAUGUGCCGGUGACGGCAGUCGAUGUGCUGCGCACACUAGUAGCACAGAAGCUAAAGAAGAGCCUCGCGGAUGUACCGCUGUCAAAGGCCAUCAAGGAUCUAGUUGGAGGUAAAUCCACAUUACAAAACGAAAUUCUGGGAGACCUGGGUAAAGAAUUUGGCUCCACACCAGAGAAGCCCGAAGAUACACCGCUGGAUGAGCUGGGUGCCGCGAUGCAGGCCACUUUCAACGGCCAAUUGGGGAAACAGUCGUCUUCUCUCAUUGCGCGCAUGGUCUCGUCGAAGAUGCCCGGUGGGUUCAACAUCACUGCCGUUCGGAAAUACUUAGAAACUCGAUGGGGCCUGCAAUCCGGCCGUCAGGAUGGAGUGUUACUGCUCGCCAUCACCAUGGAGCCCGCCUCCCGUCUCGGAUCGGAGGCCGACGCCAAGGCCUACCUCGACGAUGUCACCAACAAGUAUGCCGCCAGUGCUGGGAUUAAUCUUUCCGCCCCAGCCACUGGUAGUGAUGGUGGUGCCGGUGGCGGUGGUAUGCUCAUGGACCCCGCAGCCAUCGACGCCUUGACCAAGGAUCAGCGGGCUCUGUUCAAGCAGCAGCUCGAAAUUAUUGCCCGUUAUCUAAAGAUGGAUCUCCGCGCAGGAGACAAGGCCUUCAUCACCUCCCAAGAAACUCAAAAAGCACUGCAGGCCCAGCUGGACCUGUGGCAGGCGGAGCACGGCGAUUUCUAUGCUUCCGGCAUUGAGCCUUCAUUUGACCCACUCAAGGCCCGUGUCUACGACUCCUCGUGGAACUGGGCUCGCCAGGAUGCCUUGAGCAUGUACUACGAUAUCAUCUUUGGCCGACUGCAGGUGGUGGAUCGCGAGAUUGUCAGCCAAUGCAUUCGCAUCAUGAACCGCUCCAACCCUCUCCUCCUUGACUUCAUGCAAUAUCACAUUGAUAACUGCCCGACCAACCGGGGCGAAACCUACCAGCUGGCCAAGGAAUUGGGCCAGCAGCUCAUCGAGAACUGCCGGGAGGUGAUGGAAGUGGCCCCCGUGUACAAGGAUGUCGCCAUUCCCACUGGUCCUCAGACUACCAUCGAUGCUCGAGGAAAUAUUGGCUAUAAAGAGGUUCCUCGUGCUAGUGCGCGUAAGCUGGAGCACUAUGUCAAGCAAAUGGCGGAGGGUGGUCCGAUCUCCGAGUACAGCAACCGCACCAAGGUCCAGAACGAUCUGAAGAACGUUUAUAAGCUGAUCCGCAAGCAACACCGUCUCUCCACGGCCUCGCAGCUUGAAUUCAAUGCCUUGUAUAAGGAUGUUCUGCGCGCGCUUAGCAUGAAUGAGAACCAGAUCAUGCCCCAGGAGAAUGGGCAUGCUAAGAAGCCUGGCCGCAACGGCAUCAAGCGCAAUACGGCACGCACAGGCAAGGUGGAGACGAUUCCCUUCUUGCACUUAAAGAAGAAGAGUGAGCACGGCUGGGAUUACAACAAGAAGCUUACCGGGAUCUAUCUGGAUGUGAUGGAGACGGCCGCUCGCGCUGGCCUCAGUUUCCAGGGCAAGAACGUUCUCAUGACAGGUGCCGGUGCAGGUUCUAUUGGCGCUGAGGUUCUGCAGGGUCUGAUUAGUGGUGGUGCCAAGGUCGUCGUCACUACGAGCCGAUAUUCACGUGAAGUGACCGAAUACUACCAGGCCAUGUACGCCCGCUACGGUGCCCGCGGUUCCCAGCUGGUCGUCGUGCCCUUUAACCAGGGCAGCCAGCUGGACGUGGUGGCUUUGGUCGACUACAUCUAUGACACCAAGAAGGGCCUUGGUUGGGACUUGGACUUGGUCGUUCCCUUCGCCGCCAUUCCCGAAAACGGCCGUGAGAUUGACUCGAUCGAUUCCAAAUCCGAGCUGGCUCACCGGAUCAUGUUGACCAACCUACUCCGUCUAUUGGGCUCGAUCAAAAGCCAGAAGCAGACCCAUGGCUUCGAGACUCGUCCUGCCCAGGUCAUCCUGCCCUUGUCCCCCAACCACGGUACCUUUGGUAACGACGGCCUUUACUCCGAGUCCAAGCUUGCCCUGGAGACCCUCUUCAACCGCUGGUACUCUGAGAAUUGGAGCAACUACCUCACCAUCUGUGGUGCUGUUAUCGGCUGGACUCGUGGAACGGGUCUGAUGGGCGGUAACAAUAUGGUCGCCGAAGGUGUUGAGAAGCUGGGUGUUCGCACGUUCUCUCAGCAGGAGAUGGCUUUCAACCUUCUGGGACUGAUGUCCCCUGCCGUCGUCAACCUCUGCCAGCUCGAUCCGGUCUGGGCCGAUCUCAACGGCGGUCUUCAGUUCAUUCCAGAUCUCAAGGGCUUAAUGACCAAGCUCCGGACCGACAUCAUGGAAACGAGUGAUGUCCGCAAGGCCGUCAUCAAGGAGACCGCCAUCGAGCACAAGGUCAUCAACGGCGAGGACAGUGAAGCUCUGUACAAGAAGGUUGUUGCGGAGCCUCGCGCCAAUAUCAAGUUCGAAUUCCCUCACCUUCCUGAUUGGGAGAAGGAAGUGAAGCCCCUCAACGAAUCGCUCAAAGGCAUGGUCAAUUUGGACAAGGUGGUCGUCGUCACUGGUUUCUCUGAGAUCGGCCCCUGGGGUAACUCUCGUACGCGAUGGGAGAUGGAGGCCCAUGGUAAAUUCUCGCUUGAAGGCUGCGUUGAGAUGGCGUGGAUCAUGGGCCUGAUCAAGCACCACAACGGUCCACUCAAGGGCAAGGCCUACUCUGGCUGGGUUGACGCCAAGACGGGCGAUCCCGUUGAUGACAAGGACGUUAAGCCGAAGUACGAGAAGUACAUUCUGGAGCACACUGGAAUUCGUUUGAUUGAGCCGGAGCUGUUCAAGGGCUACGAUCCGAAGCAGAAGCAGCUGCUCCAGGAGAUUGUCCUUCAAGAGGACCUGGAUCCCUUCGAGGCCUCCAAGGAAACGGCAGAGGAGUUCAAGCGCGAACAUGGUGAGAAGGUCGAGAUCUUUGAGAUCGCUGACUCUGGCGAAUUCACCGUCCGUCUUCGCAAGGGCGCUACGCUUCUGAUCCCCAAGGCACUUCAAUUCGACCGCCUUGUUGCCGGUCAGGUGCCCACAGGCUGGGAUGCUAAACGGUACGGUAUCCCUGAAGAUAUCAUUGAGCAGGUGGACCCUGUCACCUUGUUCGUCCUGGUCGGCACUGCCGAGGCCAUGCUCUCUUCCGGUAUUACUGAUCCGUACGAGUUCUACAAGUACGUCCAUCUCUCCGAGGUCGGCAACUGCAUUGGUUCAGGUAUUGGAGGUACCCACGCUCUGCGUGGCAUGUACAAGGACCGCUACCUGGACAAGCCCCUACAAAAGGAUAUUCUGCAAGAGUCCUUUAUCAACACCAUGAGUGCCUGGGUCAACAUGCUGCUCCUGUCCUCCACCGGCCCAAUCAAGACCCCAGUUGGUGCGUGUGCCACGGCCGUGGAGUCUAUCGAUAUCGGUUAUGAAACCAUUGUCGAAGGCAAAGCCCGUGUGUGCUUCGUUGGUGGCUUUGAUGACUUCCAGGAGGAGGGCUCCUAUGAGUUCGCCAACAUGGGGGCCACUAGCAACGCCGAGGACGAGUUCGCCCACGGCCGUACUCCCCAGGAGAUGUCGCGGCCGACCACCACGACACGCGCUGGCUUCAUGGAGUCGCAAGGUUGCGGUAUGCAGCUUAUCAUGAGCGCUCAGCUCGCCCUUGACAUGGGUGUGCCCAUCCAUGGUAUCAUCGCCCUGACGACGACCGCCACUGACAAGAUUGGCCGAUCCGUUCCUGCUCCGGGUCAAGGUGUCCUCACCACCGCUCGUGAAAACCCGGGCAAGUUCCCUUCGCCUCUGCUGGAUCUCAAGUACCGUCGCCGCCAGUUGGAUCUGCGCAUGAAGCAGAUCAAGGAAUGGCAAGAGUCCGAACUCCUCUACCUACAGGAAGAGGUGGAGGCCAUGAAGGCUCAGGCCGGCGAAUCCUUCAACGAGUCGGAGUACAUGCAUGAGCGUGCUCAACACAUCGAGCGUGAGGCUGUUCGCCAGGAGAAGGAUGCCCAGUUCAGCCUUGGCAACAACUUCUGGAAGCAGGAUUCACGCAUUGCUCCUCUGCGCGGAGCUCUGGCCACCUGGGGUCUCACGGUUGAUGAUAUCGGUGUGGCCUCCUUCCACGGUACUUCGACUGUUGCCAACGACAAGAACGAAUCCGAUGUGAUUUGCCAGCAGAUGAAGCACCUUGGCCGUAAGAAGGGCAAUGCUGUGCUGGGUAUCUUCCAGAAGUACCUCACCGGACACCCUAAGGGUGCUGCCGGUGCCUGGAUGUUCAAUGGCGCCUUGCAGGUUCUGGAUACUGGUCUGGUUCCUGGCAACCGCAACGCCGACAAUGUGGACAAGGUCUUGGAGAAAUUCGAUUACAUCGUGUAUCCCAGUCGUAGCAUCCAGACCGACGGCAUCAAGGCCUUCUCCGUUACCUCCUUCGGUUUCGGACAGAAGGGUGCUCAGGCCAUUGGUAUCCACCCCAGGUACCUGUACGCCACUCUUGACCAGGCCCAAUACCAAGCCUACAAGACCAAGGUGGAAGCUCGCCAGAAGAAGGCCUACCGCUUCUUCCACAAUGGCCUGAUCAACAACAGCAUCUUCGUUCCCAAGAGCAAGGCGCCCUACGAGGACAACAUCCAGAGCCAGGUCUUCUUGAACCCAGACUACCGCGUGUCAGUCGAUAAGAAGACCUCCGAGCUCAAGUACUCGGCCACGCCCCCCAAGAUGGAGAGCCCGAGCGAAGAGAGCACCCGGCAGAUGGUCGAAUCCCUGACCAAGGCCAACGCCUCGCCGAACUCGAAGAUUGGUGUUGAUGUGGAGAGUAUCCAGUCCAUCAACAUCGAGAACGAGACCUUCGUGGAGCGGAAUUUCACACCGAGCGAGCAGGAAUACUGCCGCAAGGCGCCUUCCCCUCAGGCUUCGUUCGCGGGUCGAUGGAGUGCCAAAGAGGCAGUCUUCAAGUCCCUGGGCGUGAGCAGCAAGGGUGCUGGAGCUGCCCUCAAGGAGAUUGAGAUUGGAAGCGACGCCAAUGGCGCCCCCGUGGUCAAUCUCCAUGGCGCCGCUGCCGCUGCCGCCAAACAGGCGGGCGUGAAGCAGGUCAGCGUCAGCAUUAGCCACAGUGACACGCAGGCUGUUGCCGUGGCGGUCUCGCAGCUUUGA